UGGGGUCUGGCCUGCCCUUAGCCCCAGGGGAGGAUGAGUAACUGGCCGCCACCUCCCUUGCAGGAAGCCUACUGUGCCUACUCCAUUAUCCUCAUGGCACUCUUCUGGUGUACCGAGGCUCUGCCCCUGGCUGUCACCGCCCUCUUCCCCAUCAUCCUGUACCCCAUGAUGGGCAUAAUGGAUGCCUCCGAGGUCUGCAUCGAGUAUUUAAAGGACAGCAACAUCCUGUUCAUCGGGGGGCUGCUGAUGGCCAUUGCCGUGGAGCACUGGAACCUGCACAAACGCAUUGCUCUCCGUGUGCUCCUCAUCAUUGGGGUGCGGCCGGCCCUGCUGCUCUUGGGCUUCAUGUUGGUCACAGCCUUCCUGUCCAUGUGGAUUAGUAACACGGCCACCACAGCCAUGAUGGUGCCCAUCGCGCACGCCGUUCUGGAUCAGUUGCACAGAACGCCCACGGGCAAGGACGUGGAGGAAGGCAGCGACAACCCCACCUUUGAACUCCAGGAACCAAGUCCCCAGAAGAAGGAGACCAAGUUUGGUGAGAAAGAUAACGGGCAGGUGCACCCUGUCCCAGCCGCAUCUUUAGAGCCCACGGCACAACAGCCGGAGGAGCUCCGCUUCAGCCAGGGCAUGAGCCUGUGCGUGUGCUACUCCGCCAGCAUCGGGGGCAUCGCCACACUGACCGGCACCACGCCUAACCUGGUGCUGCAAGGCCAGGUCAACUCGCUCUUCCCCCAGAACGGCAACGUGGUGAACUUUGCCUCCUGGUUCGGCUUUGCCUUCCCCGCCAUGGCCAUCUUGCUGCUGCUUUCCUGGCUGUGGCUGCAGAUCCUCUUCCUGGGGUUCAACUUCCGGAAGAACUUUGGCAUUGGGGGACAGGCACAGGAGAGAGCACGGGCAGCCUUCCGCGUCAUCCAAACAGAACACAAGCUCCUGGGCCCCAUGACCUUUGCAGAAAAGGCUGUCUCUCUCCUCUUUGUCACCUUGGUGGUGCUGUGGUUCACCCGGGAGCCGGGCUUUUUCGUUGGCUGGGGCAACCUGGCUUUUCCCGAUAAGGACGGAAAGAGCAUGGCAUCUGAUGGAACAGUGGCCAUCUUCAUUGGCAUAAUUCUGUUCUUGGUGCCCUCCAAGAUCCCAGGGCUGACUCCGGAUCCAGAAAACCCGGGGAGGCUGAAGGCCCCUCCUGCCCUCCUCAACUGGAAGACGGUGAAUGAGAAGAUGCCCUGGAAUAUCGUCUUCCUGCUGGGGGGCGGCUUUGCCCUGGCCAAGGGCAGCGAGAAAUCAGGACUGUCCGAGUGGCUGGGGGACAAGCUGACCCCACUACAGAAUGUGCCAUCUCCCGCCAUUGCCUUCAUCAUCUGCCUCCUGAUUGCCACCUUCACUGAGUGCACCAGCAAUGUGGCCACCACCACACUUUUCCUGCCCAUUCUGGCCUCCAUGGCUCAGGCCAUCUGCCUCCACCCUCUCUAUGUCAUGCUUCCCUGCACACUGGCCGCCUCCCUAGCUUUCAUGCUGCCUGUGGCCACCCCCCCCAAUGCCAUUGUCUUCUCUUUUGGAGGUCUCAAAGUGUCCGAUAUGGCCCGGACAGGAUUCCUGCUCAACAUCAUCGGAGUCCUGGUCAUCACACUGGCCAUCAACAGCUGGAGCUACCCCAUCUUCAACUUGCACACCUUCCCCUCCUGGGCUGACACCAACAACACGGCCAACUGCCUGGCCACAACACCUAGGCCCUAGACCAGGGUAUGAUCUGGCCAAGACCAGGAAGACCCACCUGUUCGUAUUCCUCUGAGCCAGGAGGGGACACCCAGGCUCUAAGCCAAACCUUGAGAGAAAGCACAUAUAUACAGAACCUCGUGUGUGUGUCUGUAAGGAAGGGGUGUGUGUGCUCAGUGCUUCGUUUCUGAGGAAAAUGUGUGUGUGAGCGUGUGUGUGUGUGCGCGCGUGUGUGUGUGUGUGUGGAUGGCGUGUCACGUGAGGAUGCCUGAGAGGGGGUUUGUCGUGUGUGCACAUGGCCCUCGGUGCGCGUGCUUGGCAGUGCGCAUGUGUGGGUUCUCGGACCGUACAACAUGCCCUCUCUAGCACUCCGGGUCCUCGUCUCCCCCGCUUGGUGGGUGACCAGACCCCUUUGCACUGUAUUUAUUGAAAUUUGGGGUUGGGGUAGCCUGGGGAGCAGGGCCUACCAGCAGCUGCCAUGGCAACAGCCUCUGGGACCAGCCCAGCUACUGAGGUCUCCCCAGCUCCUCAGGUUUAGGGAGAGGGAUGGAAUAUUAGCCACAUUAAAGUCUU